AUGCCCGAUCGGCCAUACAUAUCUGACUCCUUCCCUUUCCCGCGAUCGAGCUCGUCUGCUAUCCGUGAGAGCAAUGCUAAGCAUCUCCGUGAUCGGGGUGACCAGUGCUGCUCGAAUACGCCCUUUCUCAGCGAAGGCAUGGGCGGAACCCCGACCGUCCCCCGGGUGUUAUCCCUCGCAAAGGCUUGCCGUAAAGAGAUCCAACUGUAUUGCGGGAAGUCUGUGCUGAAUCCGCUGCAAUGCCUUCUCGAGCAUUACUACGCCGUUCGCAGGAACGAUACCCUCAAGAUGACGGAGGUGUAUUCGGAGCUGUGCUACAGCUGGCUGGAAGCACGGGAUGUAUGUGUAUCUGCGCUACGGCAGCAAUGGCAUGAACUUUGCGGUGAUGAGGGGUACGCUAUCAACGUGCGUGAAUGCUUGCGACGGGUUCCACCACCGCUUUUGCCCGAGGGCUGCAGGGAAAGUGAUUACUAUCACAGUGUUCGUCUCGCUGGAAAGCUCCGACGACGGAUCUCUGGGCACGCCUAUGGAUCUAUGAACAUGAAGGCAAGAGAAAAAUAG